AUGCUCGGCUUCAGAUCUGAUCCAGUGGGCCACAGGGAAACGAAGCUCAAAACCAACCUAAUUCCUGUUGCCUCUCAACCUCUCCGCAUCCCACUCAACUCCGCCUCCCAGGCAGACUUCGUCACAGCCUCCACAGUCAUUCUCUCGUCCACAGAGCCCUCCGGCCCUCCGCCUGCUCGCCUCGCUCCCGCCUUUUCCAGUCCCCUCUCGCACAACUUCGCCUCUGCUGCUGCAUACGCUCCUCCUGCUCCCGCGGCGCCGUCGUUCCGUGCUGCUGUCCCUUCAGCUGCUCCCGAUCGUGUCCCGAACCAAUCUUCUAAAACUCACGCAUCCGAUUCAGCAGCAGCAGCAGCAGAAGCAGCAGCAGCAGGCGGAGCAGCAGUCGGAGGAGCAGCACGGGGAGGUUGGGGAGCAGGACGUGCAAAACCACCAGCCAGAGCCGAGCCAGAGACCCUCCUAGCCCCCCCUCGGCCUCUCUUCCCGCUCUCUCCCCCAGCCCAGCAGCAUACCCCAGAUUCGCCUCCCCCAGUCAAGCCUAAGGCGCAACAACUAGCCAAGAAGCUGUUUGCCACUCCAUUCGCGUCGUCACCUGAAGGCUAUUCCACUGAGAGUGAUGUUCGCUGCUCCACAGGGACAGAUGUGACAGGGGCGCUGAACUGGGGGGGAUGGGGACAAGUGGGCGCGAGUGGCUUGGAGUGUGAGGGGGAAAGGAGCCCUGCUUCUUCCCACCGAUCUUCUGCUCCCCGAUCGGCAGCAGCUGCAGCUGCUCUGAGUGCCCUCGGUGCGGCUACUCUGGCAGCAGGAGGCCCUCCUCUUGCUGCUGGCACUCCUCCUGUAGAUGCACAGACCCACGCUCCCUAUUCCCAUGGCCCAUCACCACAUAGAUAUGGUUCGGAGAGUGUGACAAGUAGUGGAACAGGUGGGGGGCGUGAGUCGGCUGUUAAUAGCAGGGGUGGUGGCAGUGCUGGUGGGGUUUCUGUGGCCAGCAGCGGGCAUGGGUUUGGUAAUGCAGCAGGUGCUGAUGUGCAGAUGAGUGGCGGUGGGAGUGCUGCUGCUGCUUCUGCUGCGGCUUCUGCAGCUGUGGUUACUCCACCGGUCCCAACCCGGCUGGAUUUCCAGUCUCCUGUUGGGGAACCACGAAGCAAGAAGAGCGAGAGUGGGAGAGGCAGAGCCGAGGAGUCUGGAGGGAAGGGGAGCGUCCUGGGAUCUGCCUGGAGGUCUGGUGGGUCGAAUAAGAAGCUGCCACCUGGCACUGAUGGGGAGCGGUGGAAUGAUGACGAGGACGAUGAUGACGUGGCAUCGUCUGAUUCGUCCUCGUGUUCGGAUUCGUCUGAGAUGUCUUCCACGCUUGUGGCGGGCGGUGGCGAGGACUCGCCAGCUGGCACAAGAGAUGGAGACUCUGCCAGCUCAGCAAGGGGGCAGCUGAAGUGGCCUUUGCGCCAGCUGGCAUCGGGGCUGACAGCAGAGGAGCUUCAAGCAAGUGCCUAUGAGGUGCUGCUGCUUGCAGCAGCGGAAUCGGCGCCUGGUGCCACCAGUGCAGCCAGCAGCGGCAGCAGCAAGAGCAAGCCCUGGCGGCCUGAAUCCCCCGUAGAGCCCAAGUCCAAGUCCCCAGGCGGCUUCAUGUCCCGCUUUGCCAAGAAGGUCGGGGUCAACGUGGGGCAGUUUAAGGGAGCCAAACCUGCUGCUGGCAUUGCUGCUGCUGGUGGUACUGGUGGCGGUGGCGGUGGUGGUGGUGGGGGUGGUGGAGAGAGGGGGAUUGGGGAUGGGAGUGGAGGAGGAGGGAGGAGGAGGAGCCCUGUCCCCGGAGCUGGCUCGCAUGCGGCAGCAACUAGGGGUACCCGAGUCUCUCCACGCUCUCCUCCUCUCAGCCCUCUUCUUCCCACCCCCCUCACAUACCGUCGAAAUGCCAUCCCCCAUCAGCCCCCUCAUCGGUACCCGAGUCUCUCCAAGCUCUCGUCCUCUCAGCCCCUCUCCUCCCACCCCCAUCACACACCGUCGAAAUGCCAUCUCCCAUCAGCCCGCCUCACCGGCCGCUGCUUCUUCUCUCGCUGCGUCAUUCUCCAAUCUGUCGCCAAGACCUCCGUAGAGCUUUCUACCACAGACAGGGUGAAGCUGCUGCAAGAACUGCUGUUGGACGCCACAGGCAAUGCAAAGCCACAGGGCACAGGAAAGGGAGGAGCGGGAGGAGCAGGAGGAGCAGGAGGGGAGGCACAGGGUGGGGAUGAUCGUGCUGAGGUGGCAGCCGCCCUGGAUGCCAUGCUGGCACUUGUAAAGGGUCACGAGUUCAUCACCCGCCUCCCUCCUUUGAGGCCAAGGUCACGUGUUCAUCACCUCCCGCCCUCCUUCGAAGCCAAGUGGAGCCGGAAGCUGAGCGAGCUGCUUUUGAUUCAAGCCCACUCCCUCUUACCCUCCCCUCCCUCCCACACCCAUCCAGGGUCACGAGUUCAUCACCUCUCCUCCGUCCUUCGAAGCCAAGUGGAGCCGGAAGCUGAGCGAGCUGCUUUUGAUUCAAGCCCACUCCCUCUUCCCCUCCCCCCUCCCUCCCACACCCAUCCAGGGUCACGAGUUCAUCACCUCCCGCCGUCCUUCGAAGCCAAGUGGAGCCGGAAGCUGAGCGAGCUGCGCUGGCUGCUGGUGGGGGGAUUCGCCUGGGGCGGCAGGAGAGGAAACGCAGCAGCACUGGCCGCAGCAGCAAGCCACAAUGCUGGCGGUGGUGUGAGGCAAGGGAAGCAGCUACCGGUGCUGCCCUGGUGCCUGGUGUCCCACCCGAGCGACCUUCAACGCAUCUCUGAGAUGGAGGAGAGAGUUGAGGCCCUCAGGCCCACGUGGCACUCUCUGGGAGUGACACCUGUCACGCACAGCGCCCUGCAAGCUUGGACCCUCUGCCAAAAGUUCGAUGAGGUCCUAUCCUCAUCCCCCGCUCGUCCUCUCUCUCAUUCUUCCUUGCUCUCGCAUCAUGUCCCCUGUUCUCCCCCUCUCCUCCUCCAUCGUCUCCCUCCUCUUCCAGGCUUCAGUUCCAACUCUUCCUCACCCGCUCUCAUCACCGUCGCCAGCUGGCGUGACUACCACCACACGCUGCUGGAGGCUUCCAGCAGCAGUGGCGCGAGUGCAGACGGACUGGCAGCACUGGAAUCGGCUCUUGACUCGUACCUGUGCUGCUGCGACCUGCUGGAAGCAGGCAGGAAGAGGAGCAGCCGAAGACACACGGUGAGUGGGGUUCAUGGGGAGUGGAUGGGAGAAGGGAGGGUGGUGAAGAUAGGGGAAGAGAAAUGGGCAGUCAUUUUUUCAGACCGCCUUGCUUCUGCCCCAGGGGGACCACCGAGCAUGGAGCGAGUGGAGGACGUACUCGAGUUUGUUCACACGUCAGUGCUCUCCUCCUUUGACCGCGCGUGCCUAGAUGCUAUGGCAGCAGCAGCAGCAGCGAAAGCCCAGAAAGACGCACAGGAUCAGCACAAUGACGGAAGCUCCUCCUUCUCUUUCCCAGACUCUUCCACAGACGGGCCUGCUUCGGAUUUCAGAGCAGCAGGGGCGGGCGGAGGAGAGGUGGGAUUGGCUCAAAUGGCUGAGCUGGCGAGGCCGGUUCCUCGCAGUGGUAUCAGAGCUGCACUGCACCCCGACUGCUGGAAGGAAGGCGUUUUCCCUCUAAACCCUCUCCAUGCGUUCUCACCACAUUCCACCAUUCCCAACGUCUCCCCCCUGUGUACUUCUGCUUAUCCAUCACUACCCAUCAGGACCCGUUCCUCUCAGUGGUAUCAGAGCUGCACCCUGACUGCUGCAAGGUGUUUAUCCUCCAACCCCUGUUCGUCCAUUCUCACCACACUCCACCACUCCCAAUGCCACCACCAGGACCCGUUCCUCUCAGUGGUAUCAGAGCUGCACCCCGACUGCUGCAAGGUGUUUUACGCUGUGGAUGCAUUCGACCGGCGCGUGCAGCAGGUGGUGCAGGGGGAGGUGUGGGCGGAGGAGGAGGAGGCGAAGAAGAGAGCAGGAGAGGGGCAUGGGGGAUACGGGCAUGCUUCUCAAAUUGCCAGCGAGCUGAACGCUUACCAGAUUGACCCUGUGAUGAAGCGUCUGUUCUCAGCCUGGGUGUCAGCGCAGCAGCAGAAGCUCCACGUGUGGAUGGAGAGAGGAGUUGAGGCAGAGACGUUCGAGCCGGCUUCAGAUACACUCAAGCACGGGGCUUUUGCAGUGGAUGCUGUGCGGCUGGUAGAAGAGGUCCUAGAGCAGUUCUUUCGUCUUGGCCUGCCCCCCCGCCUGCCCAUGCUGCAACAAAUAGUCCACAGCACCGACACCCUCAUGAGCGCCUAUGUUGCCAAGAUUGCCGCUCUCGGCCCCAGGGACGACCUCAAGCUGCCUCCACCGCCCCUCACGCGCUUCAAAGAAGACUUGGCUCAGAGGCUGGCUGAUAAGGCGGAGAAAAGGGCGGAGAGGGAGGAGAGGGUGCAGAAGGGGAAAGCGGGGUUGAUAGUGCACCUUCUGCACCCUCUCUUCUGCACCCUCUCUUCUGCACCCUCUCUUCUGCACCCUCUCUUCUGCACCCGCUCUUCUGCACCCUCUUCUCACCUGCGUCUCUUUGUGACAGCCGAGCUGGACAAAUCCGAGAAGGCUCUCUGUGAGCGCUGGGAUGAGUACGCUCCUCACCUCAAGAUCGAUGACAUGGCAGCCAUGGCCCCGUCUCAGCUCGCCUCCUCCCUCGCCUUCCGUCUCUCCACAGAGGGCGUGGCUGGGCUCAAGAGAGGAAGCUUCUAUGAGCAGACCACCACGCUCGCAGCACAGCGCAUGCAGACCCUCUCAGACUACCUCGGUCAGUGCGUGUGUGUGGACGGGGAGGGGAUAGAGGGAGGAGUGGGUUGGUGCACCAAGGUGGUGCGAUGGAACCUGAGGGAGGUGUAUCUAGAGGAGCCCGAUGGAGCAGCCGUUAGGUAUACACCCCUCCUGUUUAAACACAACAAGGUGCCCCUCCUAUUUAUGCUGUUCCUUGCAGGCACCAAGGUGGUGUGGUGGGACCUGAGGGAGGCGUUUCUGGAGGAGCUGUAUCGUGUGAGCGUGGAAUCCUGUCGCAUGAGCAACCUCAUGCUCAAGCUCGACCCGGAGGGCCUGCUGCGCGUGCUUCUGGACGGCGGGCCUCUGAGGGUGUUUGCUCAGUCAGACUACGAUGCCCUGGAAGAUGACCUCCGCAUUCUCAAGGAGUUCUUUGUGGCGAAUGGCAACGGCUUGCCACAGGAGGUUGUGAACAAGGCAGCAGCUCAGGUGCAGCAAGUGCUCAACUACUACUCCCUCGAUCAAGCAGCAGGAGCCAGUCAAGCAGCAGGCGGUGCGUUUCGGGCCUCGUCAUUUGUGAAGGGAGGUGGCGCAGGGCUCACUGGGCACGAUGCACAUGUGCUUCUGCGCGUGCUUUGCCAUAGGGCGGAUCGGGAAGCUUCCAAGUUCCUCAAGAAGCACAUGCACCUGCCUAAGUCAUAG